GAGCUGGGGGCCUGGGCGGUCGGCAGCAAGGCGACUGUCUCCACCGUAGCCGUCCCCUGACGACGUCCGGCCGCCGGCCGUCUCUCCAUGAGCGCCUCCGGCCCCGCAGCCGCCAGCCGACGCCCCAGCGCGGGGAUUUAGCCCGGAGGGCCGGCUUCGCGGGCCGAGGAAGCAGGAAGGGGAGAAGGAAGCGGGCCGAGCCCCCCCGGCCGUCGCGUCCCGUCCCGUCCCCGUCCCCGUCGCUCCGGCCGGGCUCGCGGCUCGCCAUGACCUCGCUGACCCAGCGCAGCUCGGGCCUGGUGCAGCGGCGCACCGAGGCCUCGCGCCACGCCGCCGACAAGGAGCGGGCGGCGGGCGGUGGCGGCGGCGGCGGCGGCGGCAGCGGCGGCGGCAGCAGCGGCGGGGAGGACGAGGCGCAGAGCCGCCGCGACGAGCAGGACGACGACGACAAGGGCGACUCCAAGGAGACGCGGCUCACGCUCAUGGAGGAGGUGCUGCUCCUGGGCCUCAAGGACCGAGAGGGUUAUACAUCAUUUUGGAAUGACUGUAUAUCAUCUGGAUUACGUGGCUGUAUGUUAAUUGAAUUAGCAUUGAGAGGAAGGUUACAACUAGAAGCUUGUGGAAUGAGACGGAAAAGUCUUUUAACAAGAAAGGUGAUCUGUAAGUCGGAUGCUCCAACGGGGGAUGUUCUUCUUGAUGAAGCUCUAAAGCAUGUUAAGGAGACUCAGCCUCCAGAAACAGUCCAGAACUGGAUUGAGCUACUUAGUGGUGAGACAUGGAAUCCCCUAAAACUGCAUUAUCAAUUACGAAAUGUACGGGAACGAUUAGCUAAGAACCUGGUAGAAAAGGGUGUACUGACAACGGAGAAACAGAACUUCCUUCUCUUUGACAUGACGACACAUCCUCUGACCAAUAACAACAUUAAGCAGCGCCUCAUCAAGAAGGUGCAAGAAGCUGUUCUUGACAAAUGGGUAAAUGACCCUCACCGCAUGGACAAGCGCUUGCUGGCCCUCAUUUACCUCGCCCAUGCUUCAGAUGUUCUGGAAAAUGCUUUUGCUCCUCUUCUGGACGAGCAAUAUGAUUUAGCCACCAAGAGAGUACGGCAACUUCUCGACUUAGACCCAGAAGCAGAGUGUCUGAAGGCCAACACCAACGAGGUUCUGUGGGCGGUGGUGGCGGCAUUCACCAAGUAACUGUCAGAAUGAAACAUUUCCUUUCUCAACUGUAAACCAGUAGUUUUUCUUCUACUGACUCCUGGUUUUCUGCAGUUUGUACUUUCCCAUACUCUGGUUUGCUUUUGUUUUAUGUAUGAAAUGGUGGGUGGCUAUUUCUUUUUUGUAUGUAUGCAGGAUUCUGCUGGUACGAGAAGCCUUCCUGUUAGUUUUUAACCAAUUGUACUGCCACAUUGGCAUUUCAUUCCCUGUUGCCAUCCUCACUGCUAAUCUGGUUUGGGUUUCUGGGAUACUUGAACUUUCCGAGUAGCUCCAGUCACCUCACAUGCACAGCUUUCGGAUGACCUCGGCUUGAGUUGCCCACAUGUGCAUACCUACCCAUCUGGCAUUCUGCCUACAGUUUAGAUAAGUCACAACAAGGCCUUCAACUCACCAAAGGUAAAUAUCUGUAUCUAUUAGGACAUUUUAUACAUAGAUCUCAGUUGAGAUGUAUACUUAGCAAAAUUAUUUUUAAAUUGAAACAGCACAUUAAAUACUUAAUAUAAAGUGCCCCUUGGAUGUUGCUUCCCAUGUAAAUCUAUUGUUUUAUUACACUUGUUAUAAUUUUAACUGUUAAAUCAUAAGGUCCAAUUGUUUCACAAAGUCAGUUUGGGAUGGGCUGCAUUCCAGUUGCGCUGUAUAUAGUUUGAAUUACAUAUAAAUUGCCCUUCUCUGGCCCAUGUCUUUAGUAUUUUUCAAAAUUAGUUUGUACACUUGGUGCCCCUCACUUGCUUCAGUCAUUGUUGUUAGAUGGCAAAACCGACCUCUUGUCGCUGAAGGAGGAAAAGGGCUGCGGGUGAUUGGUUAGUCCGCGUCUUUGAGCUGUGCCACUCACGGUACUUGGCCUUUGCAUAUCUUCGUGCACUUUUUUUUUCUUCCCAGUCUUAACUGUUUUCAUGAUUUCUGUAGGGGAGAGGCUGUGACCAGUACUAAUCUUGAGUACAGUUUAUUCUGUUUCUAUCCUCAGUUUGUCUUUCUGAAAUGUCAUUUAUCUUCUACUUUGUUGGGGAAAUAAAAUCUCAGUCGUAGCAGAUGCUGCAUGUAAAUGGUAGCGGAUAAUGACCGCAACACGGAUGAUGAAGACUUCAUGCCAGAGCGCUCUGCUGGGCUUCAAUUUUUAUAUACAAUUAUGAUAAUCAGCACAUUGUAAGACUCCGAGCCUUUGCUUUUUAAAGUUUAUUUUUACCCUUUAUUACUGCUUACUGCACCUUUGGUUCCAUAAUGUAAAUACUAUACAUUGAACAAAUUAAAUGUCAGAUUUUUUAUUACCAUAGUUCAUGUUAAUAGUGGGGCUUUCAGGUGUUUAGAAAUAUUUUUGGUUAACAUUUGAUGAAAAAAUACUAGAUGGCGUUAUAACUCUAGAAUUAAAUUUUAAGGGAUUCCCUAAUAUGUAUCCUAUCUUUUUAUCUGAAGUAAUAAACAUGAUCUUGAAAGUGCCUGAA